AUGUACACACCGGUCCUCACCCCGGAGCGCUUGCGGCGGCUGCUGCGGGCCCACAAUGUGACGCGGGAGCAGUUCAUCGCCCUGUACGGGCUGCGACCGCUGGUGUCCGCCCCCGAGCUGCCCGGCCGCGCCAAGCUGGCCGUGGGGCUCCUGUGCGGCCUCAUCUGUACCCUGGCGCUGGCGAGCAACGGGCUGGUGCUCUACGUGCUGAGCCGCCGCCGCGCCCUGCGCAGCGCCACCAACAUCUUCCUGGGCUCCCUGGCGCUCAGCGACCUGCUCAUCGCCCUCUUCUGCGUACCCGGCACCCUGCUGCAGAGCCUCGCCUCCAGCUGGCCCGGCGGUGCCUUUGCUUGCAAGAUGGUGCCAUUUGUUCAAUCCACCGCAAUCGUUACUGAGAUUCUUACAAUGACCUGCAUUGCUGUGGAAAGGCAUCAGGGAAUUGUGCAUCCUUUAAAAAUGAAAUGGCAGUACACAAAUAGAAGAGCUUUCACAAUGCUUGGCAUAGUCUGGUUGUUGGCAGCUAUUGUUGGGUCACCUAUGUGGCAUGUGCAGCAACUCGAGGUUAAAUAUGAUUUCCUAUAUGAAAAAGAGUAUGUUUGCUGCUUAGAAGAGUGGACCAGCCCUGUUCAUCAGAAGAUAUAUACCACCUUCAUUCUUGUUAUACUGUUUCUCCUUCCACUGAUGCUGAUGCUCCUCUUGUACAGUAAGAUUGGUUAUGAACUCUGGAUCAAGAAACGAGUGGGAGAUGCUUCAGUUCUUCAAACCAUUCAUGGAAACGAAAUGUCUAAAAUAUCAAGGAAAAAGAAGAGAGCAGUUGUUAUGAUGGUGGUGGUGGUGGUUUUGUUUGCUGUCUGCUGGGCUCCUUUCCAUGUAAUUCACAUGAUGAUGGAAUACAGUAACUUUGAAAAUGAAUAUGAUGAUGUCACAAUCAAGAUGAUCUUUGCUAUUGUUCAGAUCAUUGGAUUUUUCAAUUCUAUUUGUAACCCUAUUGUAUAUGCUUUUAUGAAUGAGAACUUCAAAAAAAAUUUCCUCUCUGCAAUCUGCUUUUGUAAUGUCAAAGACAACCCAUCUUCUUCUAAGCGGCAUAGAAACUCAAGAAUGACUGUGAUGCAGCAAAAAGCAAGUUGUUUUCACAGAGAGCCUACUUCAGAGGAGCCUAAGAGGGAAGCUUUCAGUGAUGGCAACAUUGAAGUCAAAUUCUGUGAUCAGCCAGUUGCAAAAAGGAGUAUGAAAAGGCACCUUGCUUUGUUUUCCUCUGAAUUUGCUGUGCACUCUGCAUUAGGAAAUGGCCACUAAGAUCAUGAACAGUGGGUUUUUAUUAUACAAGAAUCGCUUCUAAUAUUUGAUAUAUUUGAAUGAGCCAUUUGUUUUUCUACCUUGCA